AAAGAUGGUCAGAACUGCUGUUCGGCGCAGCUCUUGGGUGGGGAUGGUGCGAGCCACAUUGUGAGAUAAAGAUACACGAACCCCAUGCAAUUCAGAGAGUGUCCUGUAGGAUACGAUAUGUCCCCUCCCUCUGACUUGCACUCAGGGGGUGGGAGGAGUGCUUGACGUGACCGUGCCUGCAGUCAGGAGAAACAGACAUUUUUUUCCUCUCUCUCUCUCUCUUCCCCCUCCUUCCCUCAAAUGCAGUUCGCUCCUCUGCUUCAGAUUUGAGCCGCAGCUUGGAAGAUUUGGGAGGCUGAAGCAGGAUGAGAGAUUGCAGGGGAGCCGGACACAAGGCGAGCCAGUGAGGAAGUGCUCCCAGUUCAGGCUGCCUAUCCCACCACAAUCUCUCCCCCUCCCCAGCUCCCCACCUCCCCAGCCUUUCCUCUCACUCCCCCAACAGCACACCACAGGCUCGGAGUCGCUGCCUGCAUUUUCUGAGCUGGAACCUUCGCCUUUACAACUACAUCCUCUCUCUCUCUCUCCUAUAUAUAGGACAGCUUUUCAAAGGGAACCUCUCACAAUGGAACUGAGUAAAUAAGCUGAGCGAUUGAGGAAAAGGAGCAGCGUUUGUGUCUAUCUCUGCUCUCUAUUCCCCCCCCCCCAAAAAAAAACAGGCCAGUAGGGGGAGAAAGAGGAGGUGGGUUUUAUUUUAUUUUCAAGCGAUUUCACAGCGUGAACCUGACACAGUGUGUGACUUGGAGAGAUUCCCAGAUCUCUCUCUCUCUCUCUCACUCACACACACACACAGCUCCUGAAGCUGUAACCGAGUGAGUGAGGGGAAAAGAGUUUAACAGCCCUCGGGACUGACGAGAGGAGCUAGUGCUGCGAACUGGAGCCGGCAGACAGGAUGUCAUCUCAAGCAAAAUUCAAAAAGGACAAAGAGAUCACCACGGAAUACGAGACCCAGGUCAAAGAAAUCCGAGCCCAGUUGGCGGAGCAGCUGAAGUGCCUGGAGCAGCAGUCGGAAUCCCGUCUCCAGCUUCUUCAGGACCUGCAAGAAUUUUUCCGCAGGAAGGCAGAGAUCGAGGUGGAGUACUCGCGGAGCCUGGACAAACUGGCGGAAAGGUUUGCGGCAAAGAUUCGCAGCUCCAAGGAACACCAGCAGUUCAGGAAAGACCAACAUCUCCUCUCCCCAGUGAACUGCUGGUACCUGGUUCUCAACCAAACUCGACGAGAGAGCAAGGACCACGCCACACUCAAUGAUAUUUACACAAACAACAUCAUUGUCCGCCUGAUGCAGAUCAGUGAAGAUGUGAUACGGCUCUUCAAAAAGAGUAAGGAAAUUGGCCAACAAAUGCACGAGGAGCUGCUGAAGGUCACCAAUGAGCUGUACACUGUCAUGAAGACGUACCACAUGUACCAUGCAGAGAGCAUCAGUGCGGAGAGCAAACUGAAGGAGGCGGAAAAACAGGAAGAGAAGCAGUUCAGCAAAUCGGGAGACAUGAGCGUGAACUUGCUGCGACAUGAGGACAGGCCUCAGCGCCGUAGCUCCGUCAGGAAGAUCGAGAAGAUGAAGGAGAAGCGUCAAGCCAAGUAUUCGGAAAACAAACUGAAGUGCACCAAAGCCAGAAAUGACUACCUGCUUAACCUAGCAGCGACGAAUGCUGCUGUGGCUAAAUACUACAUCCACGAUGUCUCUGACCUGAUUGAUUGCUCCGAUUUGGGAUUCCAUGCCAGCCUGGCCCGUACUUUCAGGACCUUCCUGUCAGCAGAAUAUAACCUGGAGACGUCUCGGCAUGAGGGGCUGGAUAUCAUUGAGAAUGCAGUGGACAGCCUGGACGCGCGAAGUGACAAACACAAGGUCAUGGACAUGUACAACCAGAUCUUCUGUCCACCCACCAGGUUUGAAUUCCAGCCGCACAUGGGCGAUGAGGUCUGUCAGGUGAGUGCCCAGCAACCAGUACAAACAGAACUUCUCAUGAGGUACCACCAGCUGCAAUCCCGCCUGGCCACCCUGAAGAUCGAGAAUGAAGAGGUCAGGAAGACACUGGAUGCCACCAUGCAAACUCUGCAGGACAUGCUAACAGUAGAGGACUUUGACGUGUCUGACGCGUUCCAUCACAGCCGAUCCACCGAGUCUGUCAAAUCUGUUGCCUCCGAGACCUACAUGAGCAAACUUAACAUUGCCAAGAGGCGAGCCAACCAACAGGAGACAGAGAUAUUCUACUUUACGAAAUUUAAGGAAUACUUGAACGGAAGUAACCUGAUCACAAAGCUGCAAGCCAAGCACGACCUACUAAAGCAAACACUGGGGGAAGGUGAGAAGGCCGAAUGUGGGACUUCAAGGCCCCCAUCGCUUCCCCCUAAGCCACAGAAAAUGAGGAAGCCUAGGCCUCGCUCACAGUAUAAUCAUAAAUUGUUUAAUGGCGAUAUGGAGACGUUCAUACAGGACUCUGGACAACCCAUCCCACUUGUGGUGGAGAGCUGUAUUCGAUUCAUUAAUCUCUAUGGCCUACAACAGCAGGGUAUUUUCCGUGUUCCAGGCUCUCAGAGUGAAGUCAAUGACAUCAAGAACGCCUUUGAGAGAGGUGAGGACCCCCUCAUGGAUGAUCGCAAUGAGCAUGACAUCAACUCAGUCGCUGGGGUCCUGAAGCUGUACUUCCGUGGCCUGGAAAACCCACUCUUCCCCAAGGAGAGGUUCCUGGAUUUAAUCUGCUCCAUUAAGAUCGAGAGCGCUAUUGAGAGGACUCAUCACCUCCAGCAGAUCAUCGUGACCCUCUCACGGACAGUCAUUAUCGUGAUGAGAUAUCUUUUUGCCUUCCUCAACCAUCUGUCCCAGUACAGUGAUGAGAAUAUGAUGGACCCCUAUAACCUGGCCAUCUGCUUUGGCCCCACCUUGAUGCCAAUCCCUGACGGUCAAGACCCUGUCUCCUGCCAGGCACACGUCAACGAGGUCAUCAAAAGUAUCAUUGUGAACCAUGAGGGGAUCUUCCCAAGCCACAAGGAGCUGGAAGGACCGGUGUACGAGAAGUGUAUGACCGGAGGGGAGGAAUACUGUGACAGUCCUCACAGUGAGCCUGGUACCAUUGAUGAAGUGGACCAUGACAAUGGCACUGAACCACACACCAGCGAUGAUGAGAUGGAGCAGAUCGAAGCCAUUGCUAAGUUUGACUAUGUCGGCCGCUCACCCCGAGAGUUGUCAUUUAAGAAAGGGGCAUCACUACUGCUGUACCACCGGGCAUCCGAGGAUUGGUGGGAAGGACGACACAAUGGAUUGGAUGGUCUGAUACCCCAUCAGUACAUCGUGGUACAGGACAUGGAUGAUGCCUUCUCGGACAGCUUGAGCCAGAAGGCGGACAGUGAGGCCAGCAGUGGCCCACUUCUGGAUGACAAGGCCUCUUCGAAGAAUGACCUCCAGUCCCCGUCUGACCACUUGCCAGAGUUUUCCUUUGGUGGGAUCCUGGGCAGGGUACGGUUGAGGUCCGAUGGCGCUGCAAUUCAGCGACGUCGCAGUGGUGGGGAUGCUCACAGCCCAGUCAGAGGGUCAGGGCCGGGCAUUGACACACCUCCCCGGGCCGGAGCAUGUCCCAGCAGCCCCCACAAGAUCACUGUCAACCGGGGCAGGAUGGAGAGCCCGGAGAAGAGGCGCCUGGCCACCUUUGGGAGUGCCGGCAGCAUCAAUUACCCAGACCGGAAGAACCUUGGGGAUGGCCAACUCAUGAGGCAGACGUCAGCGUCCACCCGCCACAGCAGUCUCGGAGAUCACAAGGCCCUGGAGACGGAAGCACUGGCUGAGGACAUUGAGAAGACCAUGAGCACCGCGCUCAACGAGCUGCGCGAGCUGGAGAGGCAGAACACAGUGAAGCAAGCCCCCGACGUGGUGCUCGACACCCUGGAGCAGAUGAAGAACCCGCAGUCAGGUGCCGUCAACUCUGAGCCAGCCAGCCCGCUCCACACCAUCGUCAUCCGUGACCCCGACGCCGCCAUGAGGCGCAGCUCCAGCUCGUCCAGCGAGAUGAUGACCACCUUCAAGCCGGCCCUGUCGGCCAGGCUGGCGGGCUCGCAGCUCCGGCCCCCGCCCACGAGGCCCGCCAGGCCUGUGAUCCAGCACCGCUCCAGCAGCAGCGGCAGCAGCUCUGGGCUGGGCAGCCCGGCCCUCACCCCCACUGAGAAGGUGUUUCCCAAUGGCGCAUCAGACAAGUCGGGCACCAUGUGACCUGAGCCAGCCUGGCUUCUCGCUUGCUCUCUCUCUCUCUCGCCCAUGACAGAGGAGGCCACUUUGGCCUACUUGGCUGGGAGGGUCUCGGGCCUAACCUCCAGUCUGGAGCGCCACCUGGAUGCAGGAAGGAAGCCUUCCAAGAUUAGAACUGCUUUAUUCCCUUCCUUUUUUGUUAAAGAAAAAGAUAUAUAUACUUGAAGUAAACAUGCAGCCGUUAUUUCUCCUAGUGAUACGGGGGUUGCCCGUAGCAACAAGUCAGCACUGGAAAAUGUAUCCACGUAUAAAUAGAUAUAUAAUAUAAAGAAAAGGACUCCAUUUCAGGGUUACCUCGGACACCGACCCUUCCUUCUGUGAGCUCAGACGAGCUGCCAACCAAGCAAUACAAGGAGAUUGUCUUCAUGUGAGUGAAGGGCAGACACGAGGAAAAGAAAAAGGGGAGAGCAGAGAAAAAGGAGUAAAAAGAAAAGGAGGAUGCAUUGUCUCGGCUCGCUGUUGAGCCGUGACUGAAGAAGGUUGGCCACGUAGGCCUGGAGUUUGGCCUUUUUUGCUCUGUCAGGAGCCCACUCGUCCGACUGUUCAGGUUUCAUGCUGCAGGUCAAACUCCUCCUGCACCUGGGAUCGACGUGUAUGUACAUAGAGGAGGACAAAUAAAACCUCGGUCCUGCUGCUGCUUCAGUGAGCGGAGACGAAGUAUAAAUAUUGUAGCACAGUAUUACAAUUCAAUAAUUAAUAAAUAACGCAGUUGUUACUCAAUGCAGCAUAACAUAAUAAUAUGGAAAUUAGGCAGAGUCUGUGGUUAAAAUAUGUAGUUUAACUUAUCCUACCUUUUGUGAAUUAAUCAAUGUAGUAUUCUUUUUGUAAGAAAAUGUUUUCGAUGUACAAAGUGUUACUAAAACAGGCAAAGGGACUACGUGACAUUUG